GUUCUGACACCAUCGGCCAGGACCCUGGUCAAGGAGUGGAAUCAGAAGUACGAGCGCCUCUCGUCGAUGGUUGUCCCCCGCUCGUCCCAGCUUAUCGCACAGGACGACGAGUAUGCGCUCUUCGCUGUGGUCAUCUUCAAGAAAGUCUUUGAUGAGUUCAUACAGAAAUGCAGGGAGAACAAGUACAUUGUGCGCGACUUUACGUUCUCUGAGGACCUGCUCGAGAAGCAACGCGAGGAGCUCGAAGUAGCAGACACAGCGGAGAAGGAGCUUUGGACAGAGCUCCUGCAGCUUUCGCGAACGAACUUCUCGGAGGCAUUUCAAAUAUUAGUGCAUCUAAAAGUGUUGCGCCUAUACGUGGAGAGCGUGCUACGAUACGGGCUACCCGCGUCGUAUAUCGGGUUCUUCGUCAAGCCCGAGCCAAAAGCGACGAAGCGCACGCUCGCGACGCUCCAGCAGACGUUUGCCUACCUCGCGCGGAGGUCGAACCCGAGCACGGCCACGGGCAAGGGAAAGCCAAAGGUCUCGUCGGGCGUGGGAGGGGAGGACUUUGCGGGUGAAUACCAGGCUGUGCUGGAGCAGGAGUACUUUGACUUCGUGCUGUUUGAGGUACCGUGGAUCGUACUAUAG